AUGUUUGUGUCCCAUGUAUGGGGAAUAACAAUAGGCGACAAGCAAGGAAACAAAGUGGGAUUUAUCUGCCCGAAACCGAUGAUAAACAGGAGAACCCGACGGACAGAGAAAGACCGUUUCUUCCAGCGCAACGGCUUCAACGGUGUGCCUCUGGGCUCGGCACCGUGCUCUAAACGAAAGCAAAGGAGGAAUAAAUUCCGUUCCGCACCAUUUUAUCUGCAGAAUGUUGUGAUGAUUGUACGCUUUCGGCCAGAAUCUUUUGUUGAAUCUGCACGGCGUGCGCGAGACUCGGAGGAGAUAGAGUUCGUGCGGAAGCACGGCGUAUCCCUUGUCAAGCGAGCUACUGGGUACUUAGCGAGAGGCGUGCGAGAUAAGGCCAGCCAUGAUAUGGCCUGUGUUGUUUUUCUUUUCGGCACGGGGUCCAUUGUAUUUCUUCUCCAACUCAUCAACUCGAUACCAUGUGCCUCUACAGCGUUUGAGCUCUUUGGCGUCAUAUCCGCAUCGCUCAUUGCUUGGAAGUCUCUAAUGCGACUGAGCAGCGUAAAUGGUAAGAAUUCGAGCAAGGGGACCCAGCCUUGGGCCGAAUUUUUCAGAAUCCGCAACCGGCCAUAG